UUGUUGAAUUCGUGUUCGGCUGCGUCUGCGUUUGCGUUUGAGUUGGGUUUGGCUUUGAGUUGCUUUUGAUUGGGGGUUAUGCUGAGUCGCAUUGAAGGUCAGCGUUUUGUGUGUGUUUGGUUUGACUUCAACUUGAUAAGUUCCCAAAUUAUGUCUUUGCCUUUUCAAGUUCUAUAUAAACUCCGCUGCGUAGCCACAAAAUAUCAUCAGUUUCAAUUGAAAUCUACUUGCUUCAAUAUGUUCAAAUUCGUUGCUAUCAUCGCUCUGCUGGUUGCCUCCGCCUCUGCUGGCCGCAUCGAGACCCACCAUGUGGUGCAUGAGCCUGUUCUCGCCAAGGUGGGCACCGUGGUGCACAGCGCUCCUUCUGCCGUGUCCCAUCAGAGCAUCACCCAGGUGCACAGCAAGCCAGUCAUCCAACAUGUUGUUGCUCCCGUCUUGAAGACCACAGUUCAUGCUGCUCCUGCUAUUGCUGUUCACUCUGUUCCCGUGGUUCACGCUGCUCCUGCCAUCGCUGUUCACUCUGCUCCUGUGGUUCAUGCUGCUCCAGUUGUCCACGCCGCUCCAGUUGUGCCUGUGGUGCACUCUGCUCCUCUAGUCAAGUCUGUGCUGCACACAUCUCCCUUCGCAGCCUUCUCUGGGCAUCAUUAGGAUAAACAACAGAACCUUUGCCAUUCGCUUGUGAUAAGAAAUUUAUGAUUUUUGUUGAAAUAAAUUUUACCAUUCCAUA